UCUACUUUUACUGCUGAAUCAGAAUUUUUUGAAAGCUCAUAAUAAGUCAAAAGUUUCGCACUUAAGUACAAAAAACAUCCCAUUUUCUGCGAGUUUGUUGGAUUUUGAAUUCUGAUUUUGUUCAUCGAUUCAGACUGCGGUGAAGUUGAGGAUGGCUCAGAUUUUUAAUCGCCUAGGCGCUCUCGGCUUAGGUAUCGCUGCGAUUGGGGGUAUUGCAUCAACCGCGCUGUACAAUGUUGAUGGCGGUCAUCGAGCCGUAAUAUACGAUCGAUUCGCCGGAGUACGCAAUUACGUUGUUGGCGAGGGAACCCAUUUCAUCAUUCCCUGGGUCCAGAAACCUAUCAUCUACGACAUCCGCUCGAGGCCCCGAAAUGUCCCUGUCAUAACCGGAAGCAAAGAUCUCCAGAAUGUCAACAUCACACUCCGUAUCCUUCAUCGGCCGGUCGAAGAGAACCUACCAAAACUGUAUCAGAUUCUCGGUAUCGACUACGACGAGCGAGUUUUACCUUCCAUUGUUACGGAAGUUUUGAAGGCAGUUGUGGCCCAGUUUGAUGCCAGUGAAUUGAUCACCCAGCGAGAAGUUGUCAGUCAGAGAGUGAGCGAAGAAUUGAUUGAGCGUGCGGCGCAAUUCGGGCUGAUCCUGGAUGACAUUGCUAUUACACAUUUGACAUUCGGAAGAGACUUCACAUUAGCCGUCGAAAUGAAGCAGGUUGCUCAGCAGGAAGCAGAGCGCGCUAGAUUCCUUGUCGAGAAGGCUGAACAGAAAAAGCGGGCCACCAUCAUUUCAGCAGAAGGUGACUCAGUUGGUGCGCAGUUAUUAGCUGAUGCCUUCGGAAAAUCCGGCGAAGCACUGGUAGAACUGCGGAAAUUGGAAGCGGCAGAAGAUAUCGCUUACCAACUUGCUAAAGCUAAGCAAGUCAUCUAUUUACCACCUGGACAACAAACUCUGAUAUCGUUACCGCAGUGAUCAGGGAUGUGAUCGUUAGACCUUGCAUCCUUUCACCUGUUUAGCAAGUGGUACCUGAAUCGUAAUCUGAUCAAGCUGUUGGUUGAUUUUGAUGUAAUUUGAAUUUUAUUUCGUGUUUUCGGACUAACUUCUGUUUUGCUGUUGUAAUACGGGACGAUAAAUUUGACCUGUUCUUGA